CCGAUAUUGUGAGCCUUCUCUCUCUCCCCUCAGAUCACAAAUCUCAUCCCUUCCCCCAGAGAGCGAUAUUGAAAAUCAAAAGCUCUCUCCUUUAUAUAAACUCCAAAUUUACAAAUCUCUUUCCCUCUCUAAAAUUUUAUUUCAUCUUCGUAUAUAAAGCCUUCUCCUUUUUUGUUCUUUUGAAUCUUUCACCUUCCUUUAGCCAUUUUUUUUUUGGGGAAUUUCUUCCAAUCUUUAUUAGGGUUACGAAACCCUAAACUUUUUUUGAAAUUCCGGAUUAUUUAACUAGCGAAAGGUUUGAUUUUGCUUCUUACCCUUUGUUCCUAAUUGAGAAUGGCUGAUCAAGGAAUGGAAGGGAGCCAACCAGUUGACCUUACUAAGCAUCCUUCUGGGAUUGUUCCAACUCUUCAAAAUAUUGUCUCAACAGUGAACUUAGACUGCAAGCUUGAUCUUAAAGCCAUUGCUUUGCAGGCGAGGAAUGCUGAAUACAAUCCCAAGCGUUUUGCUGCUGUAAUUAUGAGGAUAAGAGAGCCAAAGACGACAGCGUUGAUCUUUGCAUCUGGGAAAAUGGUGUGUACCGGAGCUAAAAGUGAACAUCUUUCAAAGCUGGCUGCAAGAAAGUAUGCUCGGAUUGUUCAGAAGCUUGGCUUUCCUGCAAAGUUCAAGGAUUUCAAGAUACAGAACAUUGUAGGCUCAUGUGAUGUCAAAUUCCCGAUUAGGCUUGAAGGUCUUGCAUACUCUCAUAGUGCUUUCUCAAGUUAUGAGCCUGAGCUAUUUCCAGGAUUGAUAUAUAGGAUGAAACAACCAAAGAUUGUUCUGCUUAUUUUUGUGUCAGGAAAGAUUGUUAUAACUGGAGCCAAGAUGAGAGAAGAGACUUACACUGCAUUUGAGAAUAUCUAUCCAGUUCUGACAGAGUUCCGGAAAGUCCAGCAAUAAUAGUAUAGCCUACAGAAGCAAAAAAAACCAUGCUCACGUUUGGAUUGAACUAGGGAUCUCGGGUGGUGGUAAGCGAUUGGUGAGGUUAUUAUCUUUGGAAAAGAACAUGGUUUGAUUCAACCAGAAAUUGUAAAUACAGAAUGGAGAUGCCAAGAAAUCUCUUUUCUUUUUUGUUCUUAAAGUGUCGUCCACGUAUCUUGUUUCCUGUUCUGUAUGUUUCAGUGAGCUAUACCCAACAUUAAAGAGUUACCUAGUUCUUUACUAACAGUUUGUAAUAAGACACCAAGUCUGUGUUCCUUUAAUAUACUCUUUCAAGCAAUUUGCA